AUGGAAAGUCAUGUAAAUGCACAUGGUAAAAUUAUGAACGUCGCCAGAGACUACAUUAACGACGAAGAGGUCAGCCAGGUCGUCGCCGCCAACAAACGGCAGCAGACCCAACACGGCAAUUCGGCUCCCCGGCAUAACCCAACACCCAAAGAUAAUCAACGGGACCACCCCAAGCCGAUCAACCGGCCACCGAGAAUUGGUAAAUUCUCUAAUUACACGCCCCUAACUGCACCAAUUACGGAGAUAUACCAUCAAAUAGCAGAUAGAGGCAUCAUCCCAAGAGCCCGACAACUCAAAGAGAGGACGGGAGGCAACAAAACCCUCUACUAUGACUACCACCGAGGUUACGGCCACAAAACACAAGAUUGCUUCGAUCUCAAAGACGCUCUUGAACAGGCCAUACGAGACGGCAAACUCCCGGAAUUUGCCAAAAUCAUCAGGGAACCAAGACGUGCGGAGAAAGACAAGUCACCAGAAAGAGAAGGACGCAACCCAAGAACACAAAGGCAACCCACCAGGGAGAGUCCGGAGGAAGACCCGACCAUCAUAGUAAACGUCAUCACAGGCAAGGACGUAUCGAGCAAGUCAAAACUAACAAUGAAAAAAGACCUCAAGGUAAUAUCCGUCAGAAACCAAGCCCCAAUCACCGCCACUGGCAGCACGAUAACAUUCUUACCGGAGGAUUGCCUGCACGGCGCCUCAGCCGAAGAUGCCCCUUUUGUCAUCUCAGCCAGGAUCGGAACAGGACUGGUACGAAGGAUACUGGUAGACACCGGUGCAGACUCCAACAUCCUUUUCCGAGGAGCCUUUGACAAGCUCGGGCUCCGCAACGAUAACCUCCAAACACACCGCCACGGCGUCACGGGACUCGGCGACAACUUUCUCAAACCAGACGGCUCAAUUACCCUACCCAUCACCAUAGGAACGAGCAAUCAGAAAAAGACAAUCCUAUCCGAAUUCGUAGUCCUUAAAGACUCCACAGCCUAUAACGUGAUCCUCGGAAGAAAAACAAUCAAUGACUUCUCCGCAGUCAUCUUCACCAAAUACCUCCUCAUGAAGUUCAGAGCCACGAUGGCUCUAUCGGUACCAUUCACGGAGACCGAGAGGUCGCAGCCGAAUGCAACAACACCAGCCUAG